UCUUCUUUAGGGGCGGCUCCCUGCGUCACUUCCGGCAACAAUAGGAAACGUCAAAACCCCGGCGGUGGGCAUCUCUGACUGGCGGGUGCUCCGAGUUCGAGGGGUCCGGGCGCUCUUGCGGGUGCUUCGGUGGCCGUCAUCCUCACCGGCCUGAGCAAGUCAAACUGGGACCGGCUUCUCCAUGGCCUGGGCACCGGUUCCCGGCUGAACAGUUUCGGUCUGGUGGAAGGCUCCCGCGCAGAGGCCGAUUCGUCGCGGCGGCGGUGGAGAUCGCAGGUCGCUCAGCCAUCAAGACAAUGCAAGUGAACUGGAAAGGGGAAAUUUGGGAGAAAGAUGCACCUUUUCUCCAUGUUCCUGUACAGCAGAGCUUCUGCUUGCAGAUGGGUCAAGGGCUGUGGAGAGUGGCCAGAAACCAGCAGCUCCAGCAGGAAGGCUAUAGUGAGCAAGGCUACCUCACCAGAGAGCAGAGCAGGAGAAUGGCGCCAAGCAGCAUUGCUGGUACCAACCACCGGAAACAAGUCCAAGGAGGCAUUGAUAUAUAUCAUCUUUUGAAAGCAAGGAAAUCUAAAGAACAGGAAGGAUUCAUUAAUUUGGAAAUGCUGCCCCCAGAGCUGAGCUUCACCAUCUUAUCCUACCUGAAUGCAACUGACCUCUGUUUGGCAUCAUGUGUUUGGCAAGACCUUGCUAAUGAUGAACUUCUCUGGCAAGGGUUGUGCAAGUCCACAUGGGGUCACUGUUCCAUAUACAAUAAAAACCCACCCCUAGGAUUUUCUUUUAGAAAACUGUAUAUGCAGCUGGAUGAAGGCAGCCUUACCUUUAAUGCCAACCCAGAUGAAGGGGUGAACUACUUUAUGUCCAAGGGUAUCCUCGAUGAUUCACCAAAGGAAAUAGCGAAGUUUAUCUUCUGUACAAGAACACUAAAUUGGAAAAAACUGAGAAUCUAUCUUGAUGAAAGGAGAGAUGUCUUGGAUGACCUUGUAACGUUGCAUAAUUUUAGAAAUCAAUUCCUGCCAAAUGCACUGAGAGAAUUUUUUCGUCAUAUCCAUGCUCCAGAAGAGCGUGGGGAGUAUCUUGAAACUCUUAUAACAAAGUUCUCACACCGGUUCUGUGCUUGUAAUCCUGAUUUAAUGCGAGAACUUGGCCUUAGUCCUGAUGCUGUCUAUGUACUGUGCUACUCUUUGAUUCUACUUUCCAUUGACCUCACUAGCCCUCAUGUGAAGAAUAAAAUGUCAAAAAGAGAAUUUAUUCGAAAUACCCGUCGUGCUGCUCAAAACAUUAGUGAAGAUUUUGUAGGGCAUCUUUAUGACAACAUCUACCUUAUUGGCCAUGUGGCUGCAUAAAAGCACAAUUGCUAGGACUUCUAGUUUUUACUUCAGACUAAAGCUACCCAAGGACUUAGUUAGCAAAUACGGUGAUUACAUCAGUGCUGGUCAUUCUAGCCCCUGUAUACAAUCAAGCUAGAGUGUAUAGCCUCUUAAUUGUUUUACUGUUUCCUUUUCUAAUGAUUUUCCUUGGGGAACUAAAUAAUUUUGCAGGAUUUCUCUUAAUUUUGCUUAUCAUGUUUUGCACAAAGUAGAGCCAUUGGUGGACACAGCUGUUAAAGAAUGUUAAACUGGCAUUAUACUACAUGAGAUGGCAUAUUUGUGCAUUAGAUUUGCCUGAAAAACUUUAUUCAUCAUUCUUUUUUAAAUACCAUGUAAUGUAUACAUAUUUAACUAAAGAGAUUUAUAAUCAUAAUUAUUUUAUUGUAAAGAUUUUAACUAAAAGUUUUCCUUUUCUCUCAAA